CUUUGACAACUUGAAAUCAAUUUUGUAUUUGUUUGUAUUUGUAAAUUGUAAUCUAAUUUCCUGUAAUUUUGGGUGGUAAUUCGUUUUAAACAAGGUUUUUAUAACAGAAUAGGUAGCAAUAUAAUUAAUUUAGCAGAAUGGCUCAACGCGAGCGCCGCUCCAAUGCCGGUAAUCGCAUGGCAAAGUUGCUAGACGAAGAGGAAGAAGAUGAUUUCUAUAAAACUACUUACGGUGGUUUUCAAGAGGUAGCCGAGGAUAACGAUUAUGUGCAAGAAAGAGAAGCUGACGAUGUGGUGGAUUCAGAUUUUGACAUUGAUGAAAAUGACGAACCAGUAUCAGACCAGGAAGGGGAGGCUAAAGAAAAGAAAAAAGUCAACACUAAAGCCUACAAGGAUCCUAAUCGAAAGAAAAAAGUAAAAAGACCAGUCACGAAAAAACCUAGGGAACCAAAACCUAAAGAGGAUGAGGAGGAAAAAACAGAACAACUCGACCAAUCAUUAAUUGAUACAUCUAUAGAAAGAAAAUCCAUAAGGCAGAGUACAGCAGUAAAAUCUGCUGAAACCCAACAAAGGAUCAAAAUCAGAUCUGAAUUGAAAAAGAAGAAACCAAAAAAAGUUGAAGAGAGACCACUUACACAAGAAGAGCUGCUAGAAGAAGCUCUUAUAACAGAGAAAGAGAAUCUCAAAAGUUUGGAGAGAUUUGAACAGAUUGAAUUAGAAAAGAAAAAAGUUAGACCAAUUAAAAAAACAAUCACUGGACCCAUUAUUAGAUAUCAUUCAUUUGCUGUCCCCAUAAUAUCAGAAGUGACGCCUGAAGACAAGCCUAGUAUAACACCAAUUGCUGACCUUAAUCUUAGUGACAUCAUAAAAAAUGAAGAUGAUGUACUAACGCCGGGUGAUUUAAGCGAUCCAAGCGUGUCGACGAGUGAACCAAAAACUGAAACGGAGGAACCUGAACGCGACGUGAACAAAAUAGACGUGGACGUGGUCGGACCGGACGAAGAGAUCAGUAUUGAAGAUGUCUCUAUGAAAGAAGAAAAGCAGCCGAAAGUAAAGGAAAACGUGAAAUACUACGAAAGAACUUUACUGUCGUUUGAGAACGACAUUAAGGACGAAGCCUUCAACGCUUGCUUCCCGCAGAAAAAACCGAAACGUCGACGGGAGUUGCUGUGUGCUGUCACAAAGAGGCCAGCGCGUUACAUAGAUCCAAUAACCAAACUGCCGUACCGAAGCGUUGACGCUUUCCGCAUUAUCCGCGAAGCGUACUGCCAGCAGCUAGAAGCGCGGGGAGACCGCAACGACCCUGCUCUCGCCGCGUGGCUCAAAGCGAGGCGAGCGCACGCCGCGUCCUCUUAUGUACAGAUACAUAUUAAGUAAAUGAGCUAAUGACUGAUGUAAUAUAAUAUGUAGAGAUAUUAUCUAGAAAAUUAUUUUAGCUUUAUUCUUUAUCUUUUAAAUGAGUUAGAGCAAGAGAAAACAUGUAUUAGACAUUGUUAUCGAACUAAAAAUUAAUCCAGUAACAGUGUCCAAACUGAUGUACCGAAGCGUAGACGCAUUAUCCGCGAAGUGUACUGCCACCGGCUAGAAGCUACGUGCAUAUUAAAUGAGUUAUUUAGAUGUAUAAUAUAGUAUUACCUAGAAAAUAAUAUUUGCUUUAUUCUUUGUCUUUUAAAUGAAUUUGAGCAAGACAAAACAUAUUUUUGACAUGGUUAUCAAACUCAAAAUUAAUCUAAUAACCAAAGUCAAAAUUGCCGUACCGAAGCGUGAACGCAAACCACAUUAUUCGCGAAGUAUACUGCCAAAUGCUAGAAGCGCGGGGAGCCGGAGUGCAUAUAAAAUGAGCUAAUUAUAUUCAUAUGUCAAUACAUGUUAUAAUAUAGUAGGGAAAAUGUAAUAAUAUAGUAUAAUCUAGAAAGUAAUUUUUGCUUUGUUCUUUGUCUUGAAAAUGAUUACUUACCUUUACCUUCUCAUUUAUAUAUGUAUAUUUAUUAUGUUACUUAUACAAUCUGCUUACCUAUUUACAACUCUAUUUGAAUGUAAUAAGGACGAUAUUUAAUAAAAAAUUGGUUGUUCAUG